ACCCUCUAUAUAAUAGUAGUAUCAGAUAAACCCCUUUCUCUAUUCCAUACGCAUAAUAUCUUGCUUAACUCCUACACCCAAAGACCAAGAACGCUUACUCUCAGCCAUGGCUUCUUUGUCUAUAGACAUAGCCACCGCCUUUAUGGGACUGGCCAAGCGUCAGACGCCACAGUUCCGUGGUCUUCGCAUAGCAAUGUUCCCAACUUUGUGGAAAACAAGCAAAUGUCAGAGGUUCAGUUUAUCGACUAGUUCGUCUUCAAGAAUUAGUUUUGCAAUCAAUAAUUCUUCAAAGCCAAACAGAUUCUCUCGCGGAUUUACUGUUUCUGCUACAUCUACUUCCGCACCACAAAGCGAGGACUCUGAUAUCUUAACCAAGAUUCCUCAAGAUAAUCGAAUUCCAGCUACCAUUAUCACUGGUUUCUUGGGUUCUGGGAAAACUACCUUAUUAAAUCACAUAUUGACUGCGGAUCAUGGCAAGCGCAUUGCUGUUAUAGAGAAUGAGUAUGGUGAAGUGGAUAUUGAUGGUUCUUUGGUUGCUGCAAAAGCUGCUGGGGCGGAGGAGAUUAUGAUGCUUAACAACGGGUGUCUCUGUUGCACUGUGAGGGGUGAUCUAGUUAGAAUGAUUGCAGAGUUGGUCAGUAGAAAGAAAGGGAAAUUUGACCAUAUUGUCAUAGAAACUACAGGAUUGGCAAAUCCUGCACCAAUUAUUCAAACUUUCUACGCGGAGGAUCAGGUUUUCAACGAUGUUAAGUUGGAUGGUGUUGUUACAUUGGUUGAUUCUAAACAUGUUGGUUUUCACUUGGAUGAGACUAAGCCAAAAGGUGUAGUCAAUGAAGCAGUUGAGCAAAUAGCUUAUGCUGACCGUAUUAUAAUAAACAAGACUGAUCUUGUUGGUGAUUCUGAAGUUUCUUCGUUGAUUCAGCGAAUUAAGAACAUAAAUAGUAUGGCUCAUUUGAAGAAGACACAGUUUGGAAAGGUCGAUUUGGACUAUGUCCUAGGGAUUGGAGGCUUUGAUUUGGAAAGAAUUGAGAGUUCGGUUGGUGCUGAAGGUUCUAAGGAAGACCAUACUGGCCAUGAUCAUGAUCAUGAUCACCACCACCACCACGACCAUGACCAUGGACAUGAACAUGAUCACAAGCAUGAGCAUCAUGAUCAUCACCAUUCUCACGAUCAUACUCAUGACCCUGGUGUUUCUUCUGUCAGCAUAGUUUGUGAAGGGACCUUGGAUCUUGAGAAGGCUAAUAUGUGGUUGGGAACGUUGCUGAUGGAACGAAGCGAUGACAUAUAUCGGAUGAAGGGUCUUUUAUCUGUUGAGGGAAUGGAUGAGAGAUUUGUCUUUCAGGGAGUCCAUGACAUAUUUCAAGGUUCUCCAGAUCGGCCAUGGAAGUCGGAUGAACCAAGAUCAAACAAGAUAGUAUUUAUAGGGAAGAACUUAGAUGCUAAGGAGUUAGAGGAGGGCUUCAAAGCCUGUUUAACAUAAAUACCAGAUUCUGGUUGCUAUUCUGUAAGAGGUUGAUGACAAAUAAUGUGAGUGUUACUGUUAAUUGAUCAAGGGAGACAGGAAAUUUAAGCAU